AUGGAAUGGAUAUUGUUUACACUAUUGCCUACUAUUGCUAAUGCCUUGUUUCCACUAUCACGAGUACAGAGGGUCGCAGUACAAGGAAUACUGCUAUGUGAAGGCAGACCGUUACCGAAUCAUCAUAUAAUUCUCAUCGAUCACGAUAGUUCAGAAAGCAUUUAUUUAGAACUGGAUCCUGAUGAUAUAAUGGCGAUGAAUGUAACUGAUCAACGAGGGCACUUUUUUGUGCAUGGUAACGAGACUGAAUGGAGUACAAUCGAUCCUAUACUUGUGGUUCGCCAUAAAUGCAACGACGGCGGAAUCCCAUGCGAUCGUGAAUGGAGACUGGGAAUUCCAGUAAAAUAUAUAAGUAAUGAAGGAGAUGCAGAGCAUAUCAUGGAUUUUGGUAUCUUAAAUGCUGAAGUAGUGUUCUAUGGCGAGAAGCGAGACUGCUUGUUGUAA